UUGUUACAUUCUUGGCUUCUUCACUGCGCCACACUCACUCACUCACUCACUCACUCUCACCCUGUCACCCCUCCUCUGUGCUCUCUGUUCUCUGGAUCUUCUCUGAACCGGGGAACGUUUAUUUCGUUUGUUUUCCCGUUCACUCGGAUAAGAUGAUGGCUCCGGAACCGCUGCGUUCGGCCACGACCGUCGGCUGCGUCGAGGACACGUCGCUCGCGCUCCCCUCUGACGACAACCUGCGCUCGGGACAACAGCGCGUGCUCGAUCAGGUGCUCACGAUCAAGAGGAGCAAGUCCAAACAUGGCAAGAACGGAGCACAGAGUCCGUCACCGACAGGUCAGAUCCCGUUCCCUCUGGGUUCGUACAGUGAGUUCGGAGCCUUCAGGUUUUCUCCGACCAAAUCAAGCAGCACCUUUAGCCGCAGCCACUCCACCGCGGCAACCAGCUACAGCAAAACGGCAAACAGCCAGAGGAGUCGCACUCUGUCCAAUAAAUCCCUGGGAGGAGGACAGUUCAGCUCGUACGCUGCGUUGGAGCAACGUUACAAAUCGCCCCGCUCGCCUCAGGGUCUACGUGGACUGGCACCCAGCCGCAGUGACCCGGCUCUGGCUCCUCCCUUUUCUCCUGCUCCUGCACACGUCAUGAGGGUCAAAGGUCAGGGGGGCCACAGCCAGCACAACAUCCAAUCUCAGGUCAGCCGACACAGCACCUACUCCAUGACCAACGGCAAUCACAUGACCAGCAGCCAGACGCGCAUCGUGCAGCCCACGUCCGCUCAGUCCCACACCGAGGGGAAGAUGGGCACCAUGAAGAUCUCCAAGAAAGAGCUGCAGCAGUCGGCAGUGAACAGCGGGAUCAACCUCUCAGACCUGACUCUGCGUGAAGCCGUGGCGUUCCUCUCUCACUCUGAGGAGAGCUUCCAGCAGUGCGGCGCCACCUUCAUCCAGCACGCCACCUACAAGGAGGAGCGUGCUAAACAGGAGGUUCACCAGCUGGGUGGGAUCCCUCACCUGGUGACCCUGCUGCGCAGCUCCAAUCCGGCGGUGAGCCAGGCAGCGGCCGGCGCUCUGAGGAACCUGGUGUUCAAACACCACGACAACAAGCUGGAGGUGCAGCACUGCGGGGGGAUCGGGAAGGCUCUGCAGCUGCUGAAGGAGACCGACUCUACUGAGACCCAGAAACAGAUCACAGGCCUGCUGUGGAACCUGUCGUCGGCCGACGAGCUGAAGGGAGAGCUGACGGCGACGGCGCUGCCCGCGCUCACGGAGAACGUGGUGGUGCCGUUCACGUGCUGGUCGGACAACAGCGCCAACAACAACAUUCACCCCGAUGUUUUCUACAGCGCCACAGGCUGCCUGCGGAACUUGAGCUGUGGCCAGAAGAGAGAGAGGCAGGCGAUGAGAGACUGUCGCGGCCUCAUCGACUCCCUCAUGACUUACGUGCAGUCCUGUGUGGCCGAGGAAAACCCAGAUGAUAAGUCUGUGGAGAACUGCGUGUGCAUCCUCCAUAACCUGAGCUACCAGCUGGAGGCGGAGUCUCCAAAGUGCUUCAGUAAGUACUACCCGACAGACGGUCAGCUGGAGGACAAGAAAAGCCCCACCAUUGGAUGUUUCAGCCCCAAGAGUGGCAAGGCUCAUAAGCAGUUUGCAUUUGACGUGAAUCGCCGGAUGUUAGACGACGGCGUCCCGUCAGGUGAGCGGUGGCUGUGCCAUCCCAAAGCCAUGCGCACGUACCUGUCUCUGCUGGGCUCGUCUCAGAAGGACGCCACGCUGGAGGCGAGCUGCGGCGCGCUGCAGAACCUCACUGCCAACUGGGGGCUGGGUUCCGAGGCCAUGACCCAGAUCCUGGUUCAGAAGUUGGGUGCCCUGCUGCACUUGGCUCCUCUGUUAAAGUCACCAAACGGCACUCUGCAGAAAACCGCCAUGUCCCUGCUCGGUAACAUGAGCCGGUAUCCCAGUGUGCAGACCACCAUGGCAAAACAGAUUCUGCCCGAGCUCACGGGCCUGCUGUCGACGGGGCCUCGCGAGAUGGGGAAAAGUGACGAGACUGUGGCAGCGGGCUGUAACACGGUGCGGUCUCUGAUGAUGGCCGACCCCGAGGUCAGCAAGAAGUUCAUCAACAACGAACUGGUGACUUCGCUAGCCGACCUCAGCGAGAACGGGUCUUUCCCCAGAGGCAGCAAAGCCGCCUCACUGCUGCUCUACACCUUAUGGAACGAGAAGAAUUUACAAGGCGUUCUGAAAAAGCUGGGAUUGGCUAAGUCCCUGUUUGUCAACGACAACACCACGUCAGUGCACAGGUCGGCACAGAUCAUCGACUGAGCGCGGUGGCCACGUGACGCCGCGCAGCCCCCACAGAUGGAAACCCGACAUGUCGGGACAGAAGCUGCAGCGGCCACACCCACUCUCGCAGCGAGGAGAGCGUGGACACGUCUUCAUUUAACAGCUUCGCUGACAGACGCAGCCCCCUUUACGUUAUAUGUUGUAUAUACUUUAGAGAAGAAGAGAGAGUGAGCUUUUAAUUUCAUACGUAAUCCUGCGGUGUUUGUAUGUAUUUAACGUGGACACAUGUAAAGUGUGUGUGUGUGUGUGUGUGUGUGUGUGUGAGACGCUAAAGAUGCUUGUUUGUUUGGUAAAACGCUACGAAAAAAAUGUAUGAAAAGAAGCGGAAAAGACAAGUCUUGACGUAGUUUCCGAGUUCAGCAGGUAUAACGUGACGCUUUUUAAAAAGAAAAUAGUCAUCGAUAAAUAAAGUUGCAAUAAAAGUGUCUGUAGCCUCGCAAUACGAGGAUUUAGCGCCUUCAAAUCAGUCGUAAACUUGCACUAUCUGUGCGGGGUUAUGUUUAUGUACAAAUAUGAUAAACUGAGUUUUCUAACACCAGAAGGGGGCAGCAUUGCAACAUUAAAUCCCUGCAGAAGAAGUAGAAGAAGAAAUCAAAUGAUUCCGAAUUUUUAACCCACAAACUCUUCCCAGAAUCGUUACGCGUUAUGAUUUACGAUGUUGUGAGGUGCAACGCGAGGGUUGGGUCCGAAGUAAAAUGAGGUCCGCUGGUACACAGACUCGAGCUUUUCACAGAUUGAUCGUGGUUCACUUCAGAAAGAAAACCGCACUUGGAUUUGUUCUUUUUUUUUUUUAACACAAAUGCUACAAGAAAUGCUACAUUUUAGUUUAGUUUCAGUUUAUUAUCGGAUUUUUUAUUUUGUUGUUGUUACUCGCUUGCUGUUUAGCACACGAAUAUAUCUAUAAUAAUACACAUAUUUUGCUUCCUUGCUGAAAAACUCGGUACACAGUGGCCUAAAUGUGAAGCUACAGCUAGCUAGCUAGCAACAGGAUAGCCUAGCAUAGCUUGAAACAAAAGGAAGAUCGUGUUUCUCCGAUGUUUCCCCCUUGAGAUGUGAACUUGUUGCUACAACUGUGCGGCGACAAACCAUUUCUACUUGAUAUCGUGUUAAAUGCUAGCAAAGAUUUGUACGAUAUUAUCACAAGAACACGAUUUGCGUACAGAAAAGUUCUUAUUUGUGAAAUGUGACAUUUUCCCAGUCUGGAACUCAUUUUCUAGAUUUUGUUUUGGCACCAUGAGAAACAAGUGGAGGUAGCAAGUCUUAAAGCUAAGGUUAGCAUGUUGCUUCACAUUUGGCUUCAAAUCAUUAUUAUUUUAUUUUUUAUUUUUAAAGGGCCAGUGUGUCAAAUUUAAGAAGAGUCUAUUGAGAGGAAAGUGAAAGCAGUAUUUCAUUCAUUUAUUUUCACAAGGAAAACUAAAGACUGCGUCUCACACACUGGUCCUUUAAA